CAAGUCUUUCUUUCUUUUGGUUGUGUGUUUUUUCCUCUGUUUCUCUCUCUAAUCAAACAUACAUUCAUUCCUGUCAAAGCAAACCAAGAUUCCAUCCAAAAACUUUACAAUCCCCCAAAAUUUCAAUUCCACUAACUAAAAAAAUCCUUUUUUUUUUAUUAUCCCCCCAUCUAAAUCCAAACAUGGCUUCAUCCUUCAAUGAAGGAGAUAUAGAAAAAGGGCUGAUGAUGACUCCAACUAAACAUAAUCAGAACCUUAUUGGUGAACCAUCACCGUCCCCUUCCCCGUCUUCUGCGACGGCUCCAGCUUUGGUCCUAUCGAAUUCGGGGAAGCGGAUGGAUCAAGCUGGGAAGAAGAAGUAUGUGAAACAAGUGACGGGUAGGCAUAACGAUACGGAGCUUCAUUUAGCGGCUCAACGGGGUGAUCUGGCUGCUGUGAAGCAGAUUCUUGAUGAUAUUGAUUCGCAAAUGGUGGGGACUUUAAGUGGGGCGGAUUUUGAUGCGGAGGUUGCAGAGAUUCGUGCGUCGGUUGUGAACGAGGUGAAUGAGUUGGGUGAAACAGCGUUGUAUUCGGCUGCUGAGAAGGGGCAUCUUGAAGUUGUGAAGGAGUUGUUGAAGUACUCGAAUAAGGAAACAAUUACAAGGAAAAGCCGGUUGGAGUUUGAUACUUUGCACAUAGCUGCUAGUCAAGGACAUGAUGCUGUAGUCAAGCUGCUACUUGACCAUGACCCAUCCCUAUGCCAAACAAGAUCACAAAGAAACGCAACCCCUCUCAUAACUGCAGCCACAAGAGGACACACUGCUGUUGUUAAGGAGCUGCUAUCAAAAGAUCGUAGCUUGUUAGAUAUUUCAAGAUCAAAUGGUAAAAAUGCAUUGCAUUUUGCAGCUAGAUCCGGGCAUGUUGAGAUUGUAAAGGCUUUACUUGAUAAGGAUCCGCUUCUGGCUAGAAGGACAGACACGAAAGGACAGACCGCAUUGCAUAUGGCUGUGAAAGGUGUCAGCAGUGAGGUUGUAAAGUUGCUAUUAGAGGCUGAUGCAGCUAUAGUUAUGCUGCCUGACAAGAAGGGCUUUACUGCGUUGCAUGUAGCUACCAGAAAAAAACGAGCAGAUAUAGUAAACGAGUUGCUUAGUCUCCCUGAUACCAGUGCUAAUGUUAAUGCACUUACUCGUGAUCACAAAACUGCUCUUGACAUUGCCGAAGGGCUUCCCUUAUCUGAAGACUCUUCUGAUAUAAUAGCAUGCCUUACUCGUUGUGGGGCAGUCCGAGCAAACGAACUAAACCAACCAAGAGACGAGUUAAGGAACACAGUAACUCAGAUUAAAAACGAUGUCCACAAUCAACUUUUACAAACUAAAAAGACAAACAAGAACGUCCAUGGAAUCGCUAAAGAGCUCAGAAAGCUCCACCGUGAAGGGAUCAACAAUGCCACCAAUUCAGUUACUGUGGUGGCUGUGCUUUUUGCAACCGUUGCCUUUGCUGCCAUUUUCACAGUCCCUGGUGGUGAUGAUAAUUAUGGGAUGGCGGUGGUGGUGGACAAGGUUUCUUUCAAAAUAUUUUUCAUUUUUAAUGCCAUUGCUCUUUUCACUUCUUUAGCUGUGGUGGUGGUUCAGAUUACAUUGGUUAGGGGUGAGACAAAAGCAGAAAGAAGGGUGGUUGAGGUGAUUAAUAAACUCAUGUGGUUGGCUUCUGUGUGCACUUCAGUGGCUUUCAUGGCCUCUUCUUAUAUUGUGGUUGGUCGAAAAUAUAAAUGGGCUGCCAUUUUGAUAACAGUUGUUGGGGGAAUUAUUAUGGCAGGGGUUCUGGGAACCAUGACUUAUUAUGUGCUCAAAUCCAAGAAAACACGGUUGAAGAGAAAGAAGGAGAAGAUUGCAAAAAGUGGUUCAAACUCUUGGCAUCACUCUGAGUUUUCUAACUCGGAAAUUGACAGAAUCUAUGCCAUAUGAGGUAACACGAUGUAGUUUUUACUCUACAGUCUAUAGCUAAGUUUAGUCAACAAUGAAAUCUGAAAUUAUGAAGUCCAAAUACUUUACCGGGUUCUUUUGGUCAAUUACCAGGAUUCUUUUGAUGUUAUGAGGUUAUAACUGGAUAUAGACAGAAGAACUAGUUGACCGAUUAAUAAUUUCAAAGAGUUGUGGGUAGUUAUUGAUAUAUGCUGUAUAUUGUAUUCUCAUACCACUUUUCAGAGUCUCAUUUUGUGUUCUUCAUAUCCUUGACUAUAGACCCAUGUUUUUUUGUUGAAAACGAUUGUGGGAGUCAUAGUGAUUGGAUAAACCAGUGGUGGGGACUAUGGCGAUUCCAGCCAACUAGUUUAACGUAACCUUUUCUCCUCCUAAAGAAACGCGGGUGGUUCAUGGUAGGGUUGGCUGGUGACGAGUCACGAUGUAUGAACCAAUGAUGGUUUGUGGUUAACUGGUUAUGUAACAAUAUUACUAAAGAUGUAAAUAUGAAUGAUAAAAGAGCUUGUCAUUGACUUAUUGUGGCAUGAAUGACGCCCAGGUGAUAUAUCAAAGGGUCAAGUAUUGUUAAUGUAUGGUUUUGAAUUGAAUUGUGGGCGAUGUAUUUUGCGUUUU